UAAAUUUUUCUUUUUUCUCUCUCCCCCGCGCAUCUCAUCGUCGGUCAUCGUCUUCGUCCCGCCGCCAUGAGCGGAAGCGCUUCCACCGUCGCCGUCGUCGGCGGCGGGAUUUCCGGUGCUGUUUGCGCGUCCAUUCUUGCCUCCAGAGGUGUUUCCGUUUCUCUCUUCGAGUCCGGCAGAGGAGCCGGCGGUCGGAUGUCUAAGAGAAGGGAGAUUACUGAGGAUGGGAAGGAACUUUUCUUUGACCAUGGGGCGCCCUUCUUCACUGUGGAGCGUGAUGAGGUUAAAGGUCUUGUUGAUUCGUGGAUGGCUAGGGGUAUUGUGGCUGAGUGGAAUGUGAGAUUUGCAUCCUUUGAUCGUGCCACUGCCAAUUUUGUGGAUUUUGAAAAGGAAGGGGCAAGUAGGCGCCUUGUGGGUAUCCCAGGCAUGAAUUCCAUAUGUAGAGCGUUAUGCCUUGAACCUGGAGUGGAGGCCAAAUUUGGAACCACUGUUGGUAAAAUGGUUUGGCUGCCAAAUAGGAGUAUAUGGUCAUUGACUGGUUUGGAUGGGCAAGACUUGGGUUACUUUGAUGGUCUAGUUGCAUCAGACAAAAAUGUGGCAUCUCCAAGGUUCAAAGAAGCAACAGGAAGCCCUCCACCUUUAGAUGUAACAUCAUCACUAGAGGGGGGAAUGUUGCUAAAAGAUAUUCCUGUCCGCUCAUGUUUUGCUGCUAUGUUAGCAUUCCAGGAGCCUUUGUCAUCAGUCCCUGUGAAAGGCAUCUCAUUCAAGAACUCCCAGGUUUUAAGCUGGGCAUUUUGUGACACUAGUAAGCCUGGUCGUUCCUGUGUGCCUGACAAUGUCGAAUGUUGGGUGUUGCAUUCUACAGAUGAAUAUGCGGCUAGAAUAAUAUCCAUGAUGGGGCUUCGGAAACCUUUAAAUGAUAUAUUAGCCAAGGUUGCAGAAGAGUUAUUCCAAGAAUUUCAGACGAUUGGACCAUACAUUCCUCGCCCUCUAUUUAUGAAAGCUCAUAGAUGGGGCAGUGCUUUCCCAAUGACUUUCAUUGGUGGGGAGGAGAAAUGCCUAUGGGCCAAGAGUAAGAGGUUAGCCAUUUGUGGAGAUUUUUGUGUGAGCCCUAAUGUUGAAGGUGCAAUCCUUAGUGGCUUGUGUGCAGCCUCAAAGAUGAUAGAGAUUCGGGGCAACUUGUGAUGUAUCUUGUUGUGCUGCCAUCUCAUACUUGUAUCAGUAAUCUGGUUUAUUUGCUAUAGACAUUCACAUUCAUCAAUUUUUUUCUUUUAUCUAAUGAGUCACUUUUUAUUAUGAUACAAGAUCCUUUUAAAUCUUCUAACUACAUUAUGGCACCGGCUCAAGAAUUAGAAACACUUACUUUGAUGUCAUGUCUCUCCUCACAGGUCUUCAUUGGACUAGAUGAUACGAAGAGUAAGAGUUUCC